UCUCUUCUCUCCACUCCGUAUCCUCUCUAUCCUCCUCUCUCUCUCUCUCUCUCUCUCUCUGUUACUCUCUCUGUUACUCCUCUCCCCCCCUCCUUUAUAUAUACAAGUAUACAACACCUCGGAUCCCUUAUUAGUUUACUCAAUACACACACACUCUCUUUCUCUCUCUCUCUCUCUCUCUCUCUUUCUCGCGCGCGCGCGCGCGCGCUCUCUCUUUGGUCUCAGUGAACUCGGAUCGAUUAGAGAAGGGGCGGGGAUGGCGAAGGAGGGGGCGAAGGGGGAGGCGCUGAGGGGGAGCUACGGGGCGGGGAGGACGAGGAGCUACGAGUGGAGGGUGGCGCAGCUCAAGGGCAUCGUCAAAAUGGCCGAGGAGAGGGAGAAGGACAUCGUCGACGCGCUCUACGCCGACCUCGCCAAGCCCGAGACGGAGUCCUACCUCCACGAGAUUUCAUUGAUAAAAUCUUCGUGUAAGUUUGCUUUAAAAGGACUAAAGAAUUGGAUGAAACCAGAAAAGGUGUCAAGCUCCAUCACAACAUUUCCGUCAACAGCACUAGUUGUACCCGAGCCACUUGGUGUUGUGCUGAUUAUGUCCGCAUGGAACUAUCCGUUCAUAUUAUCUCUUGACCCACUUAUUGGAGCUAUUGCUGCUGGUAAUGCUGCUGUGUUGAAGCCAUCAGAAAUUGCACCAGCUACAUCAUCAUUAUUAGCGAAACUUUUACCUGAGUAUUUAGAUAACUCCUGUAUCAAAGUUGUUGAGGGGGCGGUUCCUGAAACAACUGCGCUCCUGGAACAAAAGUGGGAUAAAAUAUUUUAUACAGGUAAUGGAAAAGUUGGUCGUAUUGUAAUGGCUGCCGCAGCAAAGCAUUUAACACCAGUAGUUUUGGAGCUUGGAGGAAAAUCUCCUGUUAUUGUCGAUUGUAAUGUUGACCUAAAGGUUGCUGUUAAAAGAAUUGCAGUAGGCAAAUGGGGAUGCAAUAAUGGACAAGCUUGCAUUGCUCCGGAUUAUAUUAUCACAACCAAAUCAUUUGCACCAAAACUGGUGGAUGCUUUGAAAUUUUGUUUGGAGAAAUUUUAUGGGAAGGAUCCAUUAGAAUCAAAGGACAUUUCCCGUAUUGUGAAUUCAAACCAUUUCAAUCGCCUGUCGAAUUUAUUGGAUGAUAAAUUGGUUGCUGACAAGAUUGUGCAUGGAGGCCAGCGAGAUGAGAAACACCUGAAAAUUGCACCUACACUCUUAUUAGAUGUUCCAGAUGAUGCACUGAUUAUGAAGGAGGAGAUAUUUGGUCCCUUGCUUCCUAUCAUCACGGUCGACAAGGUGGAAGAAAGCUUUGGUAUCAUCAACUCGAGGACAAAGCCUCUUGCUGCCUACCUAUUCACUAAAAACAAGAAACUGGAAGAGGCAUUUGUUAGAUCUGUAUCUGCAGGGGGAUUGCUCAUAAACGAUGUAGCCUUACAUCUCGCCAACCCUCAUUUGCCAUUUGGAGGAGUACAAGAGAGUGGAACUGGCUCUUAUCAUGGCAAAUUUUCAUUUGAUGCAUUUAGUCACAAGAAGGCUGUUCUAUCCCGCGGUUUCGGAGGGGAAGCUUCAGCGAGAUAUCCUCCCUAUACACCACAGAAGCAGAAAAUUCUGAGGGGGCUGCUGAACGGUAGUUUCCUAGCCCUAAUUCUUGCUCUAAUAGGAUGGCCCAGAGAUUAAGCCCCCCUUGAUGUAUUCGUUGUAUCCCUAUUGUCGUACGCAAUAAUUGCCUUAACUAUGACGGUGUAAGGUAAAACGCUUGUGAGCGUGCGUUCCUGCAUUUUAUAUUUGGAGAAAUAAUAUACACUAUACAGUAUGUUUGGAAACACGCUUCAAGCUUUUGGCUGCAACUUUGUCGAGACAUUGCAAUGGGUUUGGUAUUACUCUCUUUGAA